GCAGCUGCUCUGAUUCCAGUUACACUCAGCUUUCCACACUGAGCUAACAUUUUCAAGAUAAAAUCUCAGCCUGCGACAUCAUACAGAGGGACGAAAGACAGACUGAGACAGGGAGUGACAGAGAUAGAGAGAGAGAGGAGAGACAGACGGCCAUGGUCUCACUCCCUCAGUAGGAUGUAGGAGAAAAGGAGGAGAGACAGAAGAAGGAAAGAAAGAGUGAGACAGAGACAGCGAAAAGAACAACAGGAUUAUUAUAUCUGUAGGAAAGAAGACAAAGAGGGAGACAGGAAUCAUAGAAGGUUGUGAUUUGGGACACGACCUGGAGUGGCUGGUUCACUCUCCACUUUUUCUGCUGCGCUUACUUGUUUUUUCCCACCUCUCCAUCCAGUCCCUGCGCACUCUUUCACUCAGGUUCCCCUAUACACACCCCCUCUGACAUCACCAUGUGUCAUGUGAUUGUGACAUGCCGCUCCAUGCUCUGGACGCUCCUCAGUAUCGCCGCAGCCUUCAGCGAGCUCAUUGCAUUCCUUAGCCCUGAUUGGCUCGUUGGGUUCCCACGCGUCCCUGACUCUGCCUCUGAGGCAUCCACUGAGGCCUACCGCCCCACACUGGGGCUUUUUGGGCGGUGUGUUUUUGUUGGCAGAGUCAUGUGUGGCCCUUAUGCGCUGACAUUCAAUGAGAUCGCGAGCGGAUUCUGGAAAGCGGCAGCCAUUUUUCUGGCGACGGGAAUCCUGCUGCUCAGCGCUGUGGCCUUCACCUCCAUUUUCACCAUCUGCUUCCAGAGCAUCAUGAGGAAGAGCAUCUUCAAUGUGUGUGGACUACUGCAGGGCAUUGCAGGUCUGUUCCUGAUCCUGGGUCAGCUGUUGUACGCAGCAGGGUGGGGCAGUGAGAAGGUGAAGCAGUACUGUGGUGUGAACUCGUCAGCGUAUAACCCGGCGCUGUGCUCAGUGGGCUGGGCUUUUUACACAGCGCUGCUCGGCACCGUGCUCAGCUUCAUCAGCGCCGUGUUCAGCGCACAAGCCGAGAUCGCCACGUCCAGCGACAAAGUCCAGGAGGAGAUCCAACAGGGCAAAAACCUCAUCUGCCUCCUCUGAGAGAGAACCACAGGAGAAACAGAGGCCCUGAUGUCAGUCACAUUAAUGCCAGCGUGACAGCAAUCUAAUGACAAGAGAACAAAACCACUUUUAUUUUAUCUCACCACUAAAACUCUGCUCUUUAUUGUGUUCUGAUGUGGGAAAAAAUCCUCCUUCUUCAUUUUUCUCUCUGUGUUCUUUGACUUUACUCAUUCAUUUGUUUUGUUGUUUUUGGUUUGUUGCCUAGAUUUGUUUUCUACUCACUGAAAUGAAGAAUGAAAUUGUAAAUAAGUGUGUAUAUACUGUACAUAAUGAUGAUGAUGAUGAUGAGGAAACAUCUCAGUGAUGAAGGUGCUGAAACCACUAAACCACUGUCAAUUCCUGUUAUGGGUCGAAGUUCUGCACAUGUUUAACCAGGAAGCAGGAAGUUUACUCCCACUGUUCCUGGAUCAGUUCCUGGUUGUAAAACCCAAGUAGACCUGCGCAGGUGAAACUGACUCUGGAUCAGUGGACUAAAGGAGCCAUGACCUUUGUUAAGAAUCUUCUGUGUUCCUCCUUUACUUCUUCCUUCUUUUUCCGCUCAACCCUUUACUAUUUCCUCUUAUUAUUCUUACUUUUUCCUUCCUCUCUCUCUCUGUUUUCUUCAUAUCUUCCUAUAUCUUUCCUUUUCCUUCUUUACUUCCUCCCAGUCUCAGGACAAGAACCAAGAGGAAGAGAGAUUAUUGUACAACAGGAAAAGCCCUAAAGUCAUUUGUUCUUAUACAUCCAUAGAGUGUGUGUGUAUAUGUGUGUGUGUGUGUGUGUGUGUGAGAGAGAGAGAGAGAGAGAGAGAGAAUAAUCACCAGCCACAUAAUCACUGCUCUCUGCCAAAUAAAUAAACCUGACUGAACUUUGCUGGUUCUCUCCGCCUGUUUUUCCCUUCAGACUUCCAGUAAAACCCAAAGACGUA